AUGCAGCACAAAGAUCAGGUACCAAUACUACUAGAUUGCUAGACUUUCAUUAGUAGACUAAUGACUCCUUUGGGAGCCAGGUGAAAAGGUUAUAGACGCUCAAAGCCGAUCAAUGAUGAGACAAUAGCUGAGCGAUGAGUCAAUAGCGCCAACGGGGAUUUAGCAUUGUUUUUUUCAAGCGUCACGCCUCAAACCCACCUUUACAGCACCUCUCGAUCGACUCAAUGUCCGGCACAGUGUGUGUCCAGAAGGCGUUCGAUUUCGAAAACGAGGCGAGCUAUCAGACGACAGUGGUAGCCACGAAUGCGAGUGAGUUUCAGUUUCGUAUAGUCAAAGGGAAGGGGAGAGAACGAGGAGGAAGGGAAGAGUGAAAUUAUGGGUUAGCACGCUUGAAGAAAUUUUACGAAAAUGUUAUGAGAGUGUUGUUUCGAUGCUCGCACAACAUUUGAUAUGUUUUCUAGACGCGGAAACUUCCACAAGUCUCAUUUCGAUUCGGCUCACCGACGUCAACGACAACUGGCCAAUCUUCUACCCGAACGAGUAUCAUUUGACUUGUCGCGAGGGCCCGAAGCCAUCGGAACCGCUUCUCGUCGUGUCCGCCUCGGAUUCGGACGCCGGACGAUUCGGAGAGGUGACCUAUCAGAUUUUGAGCGAAUCCGCCUCGUUCGCCAUCAAUUCGGUGACUGGCGAGAUUUUUGCAAAGGUUUGGAAAUGCUAAACUUUUGGAAACUGUUCUCCUAUCUCGUUAUUUGCAGAAGGAGCUCUCGCGCGGCCGCUUCCAUCUCGUCGUGAGCUCCAAAGACGGCGGAGGACAAACCGCCGAGAAUGCGGCGAACGUGCACAUUACGGUCAUUGACAGAGACGCCAAGACGCCCGAGUUUAGCCGCGCCAAGUACGAGAUCCGAACGACCGAGGACAUUCUUCCGGGCAUUGCGAUCGGGAGUGUGGCGGCCGUGUCCGACGGACCGAUCCGCUACUCGAUCUAUUCGGGCGAUCCGGAGCACAACUUUUCAAUUGACGAGGACACUGGCAAGAUCUAUGUGACACGCUACCUGGACGCCGAUGUUCACGACUCCGUGCUGCUGAACGUGCAGGCCACGAUGGACGGCGGACAGACGAAUCAGACACAGGUGCUCAUUCGCAUCGACGAUCACAACGACAACGCGCCGGUGUUUGUGAGCGGUGGCACGAUCGAGAUUACGGUGCGAGAGGAUACGGCGGUGAACGAGCCGUUCUAUGUGGUGCACGCGAGUGAUAGGGAUAAGAAGAAGAACGGACAGGUCAGGUACUCGAUCGUGUCCUCGCAUCCCGGCAGCUCGAUCGAGAUCGAUGCCGACUCGGGACAACUGUUCACGACGUCGCCGUUCGACUACGAGUCUGUGCGCGACUUCAAAGUGCGCAUCAAGGCCAACGACAUGGGCAUCCCGACGCGAUCCUCGAACAUGACCCUCUUCGUGCACGUCUCCGAUGUCAACGACAAUGCGCCGACGUUCGACAAGACUCACUAUUUUAUGGAGAUUGUGGAGAACUCGCCGCCGAAGACUAUCGUCGGCAAGGUGAGAGCCAGCGAUCGGGACAGUCAGGAGAACGGACAGAUCGGCUAUCGCGUCACCAAUGGAUCCGAGUAUUUCGGUGUCGACGAGAAGUUGGGCACAAUCUACACGAAACGAAGUCUCGAUCGAGAGGUGAUUAGCCACGUGGAUGUGAGUGUGGUGGCCGAGGAUCGCGGCAGUCCGUCACGAUCCGGAUCCGCGAAUGUGCGCGUGAAUGUGCUCGACGUCAACGACAAUCCGCCGUCGUGUCACUCGAUCACGCCGAUCGUAGUGCCCGCGAAUGCUCCCUCCUCCACGGCGAUCGGCACAAUUGUGGCCACCGACGCCGACAAGGGUCUCAAUGGAUCCGUGCUCUAUCGGGCUCAACUCCAGAGCCAGCUGUUUGUGAUCAAGGCCAACGGAGACGUGUACCUCCGACGACAGCUCAACGCCUCCGAAGAGCAUCAUCAGCGGCUGUCGGUGAUCGUGUCGGAUCAGGGAACGCCGCGGAAGAGCACCGUCUGUCAUGUGGCGGUCCGAGUGGCCAAGGGCUCGUCGAGCAUUGUGCUCCACGAGCCCGUGCAGCGAUUCGUGCCGAUUCCGGCGACAUGCGGCCGCUCCAACUCCACGUGCCGGCUCAUCGGAUUCAAUGCGACCGGCGUACACUCUUGGCUCAUCCAGAGCUCCGAAAUCUCCAACCACUUUGCCAUCCGCGACGGCGUUCUCUCGAUGACUUCGAUGCCCGCCCACCGGCCGCCGUACUCACUCGUAGUCGUCCUUUCGGACGUGAACGGCCGUCAGAAAUCGGUGCAAAUGAGGAUUGUGGCGACGGGAGAGACGGCGAACAAGGAGGAGACGAUCCGACUGCUCGACACCACCGGCAUCGGCUCCAAAAUCGGACGGCUCGGCGAGAAAUCCGCCGACGCCACCUUCUUCUAUCGAUUCUCCGAGACGAACGAUUCGAAUUGUCCGCUGGAGUUGGAUCAGACCGGCGGCGUACUGUACUUGGCCGACGGGAUCCGCGGCGGAAGGUACCAGGAGACCAACUUCUCGUGCUUCUUCGAAAAGUUCAACACGACCGACGGGAGUGCCGAUGAGAUGCGCGUGGAUUUGGAGGUGAGCACUCAAAUCAUUCAUAAGACAGUUAAGAAGACUUUGUACAAAAAAGUUGUCAACUAGAAUAUUAUAGUUCCAGGUGUGUACUUUAAUUUUGUAGUUGAUCACUUUUUGAUGCGAUCACUCUGAAGAGUACUGUAGCUCUUGAAAAGAAGCGCACUUGGGGCCGUAAGUAGUUCGAACUUCUAGGAGCUACAGUAGUUUUAGAAGAUUUUGUACAAAAAAGUUGUCAACUGCAAAACUACAGUACUAGACAUUUAGUUUAAUUGUGUAGUUGACAACUUUUUGAUGCGAUCACUCUGAAAAGUACUGUAGCUAGAAGUAAGUAGAAGUAAGGACUACUACUGAAUAAAACAAAAAGGAUGUCAACUAGAAAUGAAGCUGAAAAUUUCCAGAUAUCGCGUUCGAAAAGCGACAAGCCGUUCUUCGAGACGGCUCAUCUGACAGUACGUAGCCGCGAAGACACGCCCACCGGAAGCAUCGUGACGACGGUGAACGCGACGGCGAACGACGAUUCGACGAGUCCGAUCAGCUACCGGUUCACCUCGCAAAUCGACACGUUCGCCAUCGACCAAUUCACCGGCGACAUCACUCUAAUCGAGAAUCUCCACUGGCACGUGAGACCCGUCCAUCAGCUGCUCGUCGAGGCGUUCACGAGCGGCGUGUCGACGACGAUCCUCGUGACGGUCGAGGUGGAGGACGUGAACGAUCACUCGCCGUUCAUUGUCAGUCAGCCAGCGGUGCUUGUGCCCGGAUCCUACCGCAGAGGGACCGUCGUGCAUACCGUAGUCGCGAUGGACUUGGACCGCAAUCCCGCGAUUAGGUUCACGUUGAAACAGCCGUCGGAGAACUUCUCAAUCGACAUGGACUCUGGAGAGAUCUCGAUUCUCGGUGCGGAUUCGGAGGAGCUCGAGGAGACGGUGAUCGUCCGGGCUGCUGACGUGGCGGACGACACCAAAUUCGACGAGCAGAAGAUUCUGAUCAGAGCUUCCAAUAGCUCCAAAAAGCAUUGGCACUUUUUUGACGUGCAGAAGCAGACGGUGGAGUUGGAGGCGGAUAGUCCGAAGGAUGCGGUCGUGGCGACGUUCCGAAAUGGGGAUGAGCAAGAAGAAGGUGUGAAGCUUCGAAUCAUCCCUAGCUCCCAGUUCUUCGAGCUCCGCGGCUCGCAAGUCGUACAAUCCUCCGUGAAUGUGGCCAGUCAAAAUCACGUCUUUACGAUUCUGGCGGAAAACGAGGAGGAGAACGUCGACUGGACAGUUUUAGAGGUGCUCGUGGCUCCGAAGUUUCAAGAGCCGCCGAAGAUAUCGUCGACUUCAUGCGGCGCGGUCGUCGUUGACGAAAACGUCGCGUACCGCGCAUUCAAGAGAGUCAUGGCCACGGGGACGAGCGAGCACGCGAGCUUUCGGUUUCAAGGCAAAUCCGACAAGUUUACGAUCGAGCCAAAGUCGGGCGUGAUCUCGGUGGCGCCGCUAGACCGUGAGACCGCCCAGGAGCACCUUCUCGUCGUGAUUCUCACCGAUGCGGGCCGCAACGACUCGUGUACGGUUCGUGUUUCGGUUGGCGAUCUCAACGACAACAAGCCGGUCUUUGACGCGGCGACACCCACGCAUCUUCACGUGAACGAGUCGAGUCAGACGGGCGACGUGCUGUUCCGAUUCGCCGCCUCCGACAUGGACAUUGGACCGAACGGAAAGAUCUCGUUCGAGCUCGUCGACGACGAGUCGAAGGCGUUGGACGUGGUGCCGGAGACCGGCGCGCUGGUGAUCCGUCGAGCUCCCCGCAAAUCGAAUUGGACCAUCCGGAUCCGCGUGUUCGAUCAAGGCACCCCGUCGUUGGCUUCCGAACUCAGCAUCCAAGUGCACAACUCGAUGAAGCUCGUCGCAGAUUCGCCACAAGACGUUCAGUUCCUGCGACAAUCCUACGUCGCCUCGAUCGACGAGAGUCUGCCACGUGGCCAGUUUGUCGGAAAACUCGAAGUGUCUUCCGAAGACGUCGGCAUCGCCUACUCGAUCGUCGAGGGCAACGUCGACUCGGCGUUCUCAGUCGACGCGGAUGGAGUCGUCCGAACCAACUUGGAGUUGGACAAGGAGAUUGUCGAUCGGUACAGUCUCAAGAUUAUCGGAAUCGGAAAGGAAGUGGUGGGACAGAUUGCCACUCGGAUGGAUGUUCGCGUCAACAAUCUCAACGACAAUAUCCCGAGCUUCCCGCAAAGCAAGCCGCGUAGAGUGGCCGAGACUCUGAAACCUGGAAGUUAUGUGGCAACGAUCGGAGCUCGCGACGUCGACCACUUGGCUCCGCUUCAAUACUUUAUCGAAGACUCUUCCGGAACGUUCUACAUCGACCGCUUCACCGGCGUCAUACAUCUGGCGGCGCCGCUCGACUACGAAACCGCCCGCGAGCAUCUUCUAAAGCUUCGCGUCAGCGACGGUCUCUUCGACACCUACACAAAUCUGACCGUCUUCGUGUCGGACGUCAACGACAAUCGGCCACAGUUUGCGAAACCGUUCUACUCGACGCGCAUCUCCGCGCAGACCUACUCGCCCGACGUGCCGUUCGCCACAAUCGAGGCCAACGAUCCAGACUCGUCGGCAACGAUUUCCUACUCGGUCGACUCGAACAUCUUCAGAAUAUCGCCGGCGGACGGCGCUCUAUUCCUGAAACUCCUUCCGCCGUCCGGCGAACGAUAUGUGAUUACGGUGACGGCGACGGACGGCGGCGUUCCGAGCCUCUCGGCAAGUGUGCCGGUCAGUGUGAGCAUCGGAGACAUCGCGCCGCCCACCGAGAGACCCGUCUUUUCGACCGCCGAGUUCCGAUUCGAGGUGCUUGAAAACGCGAAAAUCGGCCUUCAAAUCGGCAACCUAUCCUCCGACGAGAGCCGCGAGCUCUACUACCGUAUCCCGUCGGAAGCAGCCGCCGCCAAACUCUUUCGCAUCGACGCGUUCGGACGGCUCUUCGUGGCGGGACCCAUCGACCGCGAGCUCCGCGCCUCCUACGAGUUUGCCGUCGAAAUCGACACCGACGUGACGUCGUUCAACCAGAAGUCAUCGCAGACCGAGCUCAAGAUCCGUGUAAAUGUGCUGGACGAGAACGAUAACGGGCCACAAUUCGUGUCGGCCGUUUCGCAAAUCCAGCUGAAGGAUUCUAUGAUUCACGGGCAAACGAUCGCGAAUCUACUGGCCGUGGAUCCGGAUUCCGACGAGAACGGACGUGUCACGUACCGUAUUCUCACCGGAAACGACUACAACAUUGUGGCGCUGAAUCCGGACACUGGCGCCGUUCAGUUCAACGAGUGGAACGACGCGCAGCUCGACGAGCAUCCCAACGCCACGUGGCAAAUCGUCGUGGAGGCGCGCGAUCACGGCCAUCCGUUCCGCAGCUCGUUGGCCACGAUCGUAGUCUCGCUGAAGAUGUCGGCGUGGUCCGGCUCGGCGCCGUUCUUCGUGCUGCCCAGCUACGAAGUGCACGUGCUCGAGGACACGCCCGUCAACACUGUGCUGCAGAGAGUGCGCGCGAGCAACCGACUGGGAAUCGAGAGCCGCGGAGGACUGUUGUACUCGCUCAAAGAGCAUCACGGCAAGAUGAGUGUCGACGUGAAAAGCGGAGAGCUCACGCUCAAAAGCCAUCUGGACUGGGAGUCCGAGCCGCUCAUCUCGAUGUUUCUUUCGGUGUCCGACGGCAACGGACGGUCCGCCGUCGUGCCGUUGAAGAUUAUUGUGGAGCCGGUCGACGAGUUCGCGCCGGUCUUUACAAAGCCCUCCUAUACACUACAGGUACUGUUACUGUUGAAUUUCUACUCCAAUUUUUGAAUUCAGAUUCCGAUUUCCACGUCGUCUGGCGAGGCGGUCGGGCAGUUGGAGGCGAUUGACGAGGACGGCGGAGCGCAUGGAGUCGUCAAGUACGCGAUUGCGGACCGCCAGAGUACGGUGACGAUCGAGGAGCUCACGGGCAUUGUGAGUUGGAUUCAUAGGUCCCUAGAGAGAGCAAAAAAGCUAUCAAAAUUUCAGAUCCGUCUCGCCAAAUCGGUGUCCGCCCUCCGCCGCAACCUCACCACCGAACAGAUCACCGUCGUCGCGUUCUCCAGCCCAUCGAAACAGACCAAAACGACCGUAUACCUGGAAAUUGGCGCGUUCGAGACGCAACCCACGCUGCCACGCCUUCUGCUCCACUCGAAACCCGUUCAAAUCGCGCUCGCCUCCCUUCUCCUCCUCCUCACCCUCCUGAUUCUCGUCAUUUGUGUGUGUAUGUGUAGAGGACGUCGUCGGAAAGCGACGGAAAAGCCGCCGCGGAUCGACGCGAUGACGUCGUCGUCGGAUCGGCGGAAUGCGGCGGAAAAGUGUCGGCCGACACUUCAGAAGCAGGUGUACUCGGUGAAGACGGGCGAAAUCCGAACGUUGAGCGGAGAGGUGAGCUCUAAGAGGACGAUUGGCCUGGCGGGACCAGGUCCCGGCCAUCCGGACAAAACAAGUUCACUGACCUCGUCGGUUUCGAUGGGCUCCGAGGCGUUGCGGAUGGUCCGAGGCAGCUCGCGGAGCCAAAUGGAUUCGGGCAUCGACCCGGACACCGUGUCGAUCAACAGCUCCAUCACCGAUUAUCUCGUGUCGCUGGGCGUCAACGCGAAUCCGAUUCCGCCGAGAAUCAGGUUAGUUUUCUGGGUUUUCAUGAGAAUUUUCGAGAAUCUCAAGCCUUUUUUCAGCAAGUACUGGUAUUAUCCGACUGUAAGUUAGUACAUAGAUCUCUCCCUCCCAUUAGUCUAUGCAAAUGAAAAUGAUCAGUGUUAGACCCGGAGCGUCGAAUUUCAGGCCCAACACGACGUACGAUUCGCUGAUGAACGAGUACAUUUACGCGCGCGUCGAGGACGUUCUACCGCCCGGACCGCUCAAUUUCACGACGGCCAACCAGCACUCGCUGCUCAGACAACCGCUUUCGGUAAGUUUUGCACAAUCUUGACACCUGCUACUUUGUUUUUGCACUCUACACUUUUUCUGUACGACCACUCACUGGAGUACGGUAGCUCUGGAAAGAUUCGAAAGCACUUGGAAGAGUGCCAGUUCCUCAAAAGGCUACAGUACUCUAGGAAGUGAGUGUAGAGGAAAAUGAUCAAUCACAAAAUUAAAGUACACGACUGGUACGACAUUUUUGUAGUUGAACACUUUUUUCUACGACCAAUUCCUAAAGUACUGUAGCGCGUGGAAGAUUCGAGUGCACUUUGAGCACUUUUAUCUAUCUUCGCAGAGCUAGAGUACUCUUAGAACAAGUUCGAUCGAAAAAUGUUCAACUACAAAGUUAAAGUACAUGACUUGUACGUUAUUUUUCUAGUUGACAACUUUUUGAUCCAAACAUUCCCGAAAGUGAUAUAGCGCUUAGAAGUUCCGGGACCAGUCCUGACUUCCAAGAGGUACAGUAGUCUUGAAAGUGGUCGUAGAGAAAAAGUGUCAACAGCAAAAAUAAAGUACAAGGUUUCAAAAAAGUGGCUAACCGUCUACAAAAGCCACAGAACGACUUCUAAAUCCGAUUUUCAGACGGGAAGCAUCGCGUCCCGCCGAGCGCCCAUUGUUCCGUCGUUUGAGCCGCUCACCGAAAUCUUUAGCGAAAUUGUGGAGAUGCGCAAAAGCGAGCAGCGCAAAGAGUAUGUACAAGUCGAAAUUUGA